AUGGGACUGCUAACAGUUGGAACGCCGUUGCCGUGGGAGGAUUCGCGCCCCCAUAUCGAACAUGUCAAGCGCAACGGAGUUGAGCAGCUCCUGCAUGUGCUGCGCGCAGCGUACGAGCGGAACGGCGAUCCGCUGAUGUGGGGGGAUGAGAUCGAGUACAUGCUUUACCGGUUCCGCAAGGCGCAGAAUGACGUGGUGCUGAGCGUGGAGCACGACGGGGUGAUCGAGGAGCUGGAGGAGAAGUACGGCGCGACGUGCGCAGAGUGCAACGUGAGCUUCCACCCGGAGUACGGGAGGUACAUGGUGGAGGCGACGCCGCGGCGGCCAUACCGCGGGCUCGCGGUGGCGGAGGUGGAACGGAACAUGGCCGCACGGCGGCACCUGCUGGGAAUGGCGCUGGCGCAGACGGAGGUGGUGCCGCUGUCGACCACGGUGUUCGCGCGCAUGGGGUGCGAGGACUUCGUGGACCUGCCGGAGCCGUGGGCGCACAAGAACUCGGUCAGCAGGUCGCUCUACCUCCCGGAUGAGAUCAUCAACCGCCACACGCGCUUCCCGACGCUGACGGCGAACAUUCGCCUGCGGCGCGGCGAGAAAGUGUGUAUAAACGUGCCCAUGUUCAAGGAUGAACACACGCCGGCGCACGACGACACAGUGUACGAGCGCGCCUGGUUUUCCCAGGAGGACCGCGAGUCGCUGCCGGCGAGCCGUCCGGGACACAUCUACAUGGAUUCCAUGGGGUUCGGCAUGGGCUGCUCCUGUCUGCAACUGACAUUCUCUGCCCCCAAUGUCACGAUGGCGCGGUACAUCUACGACAGCAUGGUGCCGCUGUCACCCAUCAUGCUUGCGUUGUCCGCAGCCUCUCCGUUUUUCAAGGGAUGGUUAGCGGAACAUGAUGUACGCUGGAAUGUAAUUGCCGGUGCGGUUGACGACCGCACGCCUUAUGAGCGAAACGCCGUGCCAUUGCUUCCGGACGGGUCGCUCUACGGUGGCAUUGAGUCCGGAAAGACAUCAGAAACCCAGCGGCUGAUCAAAUCCCGUUACAGCGUCGUCGACUUGUAUCUGGGUGGGAAUAAGUUCUUCUCGCCGGAAUUGAACAAUGUCCCCGUCGCGAUCAAUAACACCGUCUACAACCGACUACUGGAAAACGAGAUCUUCCCUGUUGAUGAAAAUCUAGCGCGGCAUUUUGCGCACCUCUUUGUGCGUGAUCCGCUAGUCAUUUUCAAUGAAUCUCUCGACCAGUACAAUGACUCAGAUAUGGGUCACUUCGAGAACAUACAGUCGACCAACUGGCAAACAGUCCGGUUCAAGCCGCCGACUCAGGAUGCCACGCCGGGAAAUAUGUCUGUUCCCGGCUGGAGAGUGGAGUUCAGGCCGAUGGAAGUCCAGUUAAACGACUUUGAGAAUGCUGCGUUCGCAAACUUUGUCUAUCUACUUGUGGAAUGCAUGGUCGAGUUUAAGGACGACAUUAAUGCCUAUGUUCCGAUGAACCUUGUCUGGGAGAACAUGGACAUUGCUCAUCAGCGUGAUAGUGUUAAUAGAAGGCUCUUCUACUGGAAGAAUGGCUUCUCCUCAGACAUCGAGUAUGAUACUGAACUUUACACCAUGGACGAGAUAUUCCACAACAAGGAGAAUGGACUCUUUCCUCAAUUCAUUGACCGUAUUUUGAGACGCAAGGGAUAUGUUAAAAAACACUGGAAUGAAUUGAUCAAUUCCUCCGGUGAUCUGCCGGACCGCCGCAGGCUGUACUACUACCUGAAGCUAGUCUCGGAUAGAGCAAAGGGCGAACUACCUACUUCAGCCUCAUAUCUGCGCCACUUUGUGGUGACACACCCAGAAUAUGCUCGUGAUUCAAGAAUAAGCAAGCGAAUUGCACACGACUUGAUGCAGUCGUCUCUGAGAAUCACGAACCUGGACAACAGUGCAGAUGAUAUCAUAAGGUAUUUCGGCCUCGAGAUUGGUAGCUACCUGUUAGAGAAUGGGCUCUGA